ACCAGCCUUUUUUCUUCACACUCUCCACCAUUCACUUUGAACACCCAACAAUGACACCCACAGCAGCCACGCUCGAACUGCUCUGUUUAAUCAGUGGUGACCCUGCCUCAAAAGCAUUCGCCGUUGAGAUUUCCUCCGAUAAAACUGUCUGUCAUCUCAAAAGCUUAAUCAGCAACCUCACACAAAUCAUUGUUGGCAAACUUGUUCUUUGGUGCGCUAUGAUUCCUUGGAAUGUGGACACAGACAACCAGCUCAUUGCUGGUAAUAUUGAUCUCAAGCGUCAGCUCCACUCAAUGGAGACACUGCAAGAUGUGUUCAAGGACGGAGCUCCAAAAGCCACGAUCCAUAUUAUCGUCGAGCAGCCCAAAGAAGAUUUACAUGAAGAGAAAAAAAAAUUACAAGAAGAGAUGAAAAAAUCACAAGAACAGUUGCGUGAAGUGAUAAAAGGUUUACAGGGACAAUUACAUGAAGAGAAAAAAGCUUUACAGGAACAACUACAUGAAGAGAAAAAAGCUUUACAGGAACAAUUACAUGAAGAGAAAAAAAAAUUGGAGGAUGUGCAGAGUAUCUUCGUAUUAGACGUCAUCGUACGGCCAAGCAAGAACAAGUCCUUUCGCUGGACAGCCGAUGUCGAGAAAACAACAGUGAAAGAGCUUGUGGGCGCGAUCUUCCGUGCAUAUCCAGAAAGAGAGGACGGAAAAGGAGAUCUUGUUCUGUCAGUAAUCGUGGAUGGCCGCUCAGAAGUCCCCGACGACAAUCACUUUAGAAAUAUCCUAAGACAGCAAAGGAAGACUGGUGGAAUGACCCUAGUAGUGGCGCUGGAGACCCCAACAAAAAAAUAUACAGACUUUACGCUUGCAGAAGUCAACACUCUGUACGGUAUAUCGAACAUGGAGGCACCCGACAUCCCUGAUCUGCCAUCAUUUGACAACAUAUUGACAGAGAGCAUAAACCAGGAUGCAUUGCGGAAGCUGUGCGAGGAGCUUGAUGCAAGAGUAAGAACAAUGGGAAGCCGCUUACCAUCAAACGAAGCAACUUGUUCCACCUUUGUUUGUUCGUACAUCACACAGGCUGUAUUGCUUUUUGAGAAAACGUUAACACUUGUUCAACAAAGAGAACUUCGCGGUAAACAUGGUCAUGGAAGGGUGGAUUUUUCCAUCGAAGCCGUUGGCGGUAUGAACCACAUUCUAGGUGUCACACAGGUAAAGCGAGAGGACUUCAAGAAGGGUUUGGCCCAAAACCUGGUGCAGCUGGAAUCCUCAUUGACGAAUCGAAAGCGCAAGCGUACAGACGACGACGAUGGAAAGGAGGAGGAUGAGGCCAACCCAAUGAAAGCAUAUGGUAUCGUUACGGAUGCCAUGACCUGGUAUUUUGUGGAAUGUAGUAUAGAUCGAUCUCGAUGCGCGUCUUCAGUGGCAAGUUGCCCGAAAUUCAAGGUAUCGAGACUGGCUCCUAAGGUUGAUUAUGGGAGCGCCGGUUGGGAGGAGAGUGCGAAAGCUAUUUUUGGUCGUAUUGUAUGGUUAAUGAGACAGAUGGAGGCGGAAAUACCAAGACGUGGCCUGAACUACAAGAGGCAGGAAACCAUCGAUAACGUCCUUGAGCCACAAGAGGUUUGGAAAAUCCAGUGUACAAAACAGUCCAAAAUAAAAGAUAUUAUCAAACUGC